AAACCUCCAGCUUCCCAUUCAUUCCGUAGUGGGAGCAGCGCUUGCGGUGCAGGGAAGGUGACAGUUUGUGACGGGAAAAUCCGCGCAACAAACCGAUUUAAUCAUUGGCUUUGCGACAGAACCACCGAUUCCCUGGAUCCAGCAUUUGCAUCGCGUCUCUGCUUUUGAUGUUCAUGCUGGUUUUUGUUUUUUGAUUUGAAGUUAAAAACUAAGCGCUUGAUGAAGCGACUCGUCUGCAGACUUGCGCUCCCGGAGCCCCGAAGACGCUCGUUUCUUUGCAUACACUCCAUGUGCGGAUUUACAACAUCUGAAUCAUGUCGCGCAUAUGUGUAGAAGGACAAAUCUCCGGAGGAUCUGAGUCUUCGGUGUGGAAUUUACAAUAAUCUUUUCGUAUGAAAUGUGCGAACUUUAAUGCCUUUUUGGAUUGAUGUCUGUUUGCGUAUUGGUUGAUGGAUUCGGCAUGGAUGGCUGCAUAUAUAGAUAGGAUUUCCGAUGCAUGCCAAGUCCAGAGUGAGUGUCGGAAGUGGUGAUAGGCCCAGAUGGAAGUCCAAAGUCAACACGGCCCUGGUGGUGUACUGGUCGUAAUCCAGCAGCCCCCGCGGGGGGGCAGGACCCGGCUAGACCGCGAUCGGGAACUCCAGCGUCCCGCCGUCCUCUCCCUGGACCAGAUCAAGGCCAUUCGGUCCUCAAACGAGUACACAGAAGGGCCCGCGGUGGCCAGGCGUCCCCCGUGCCGGACAGGGAAGCCGGAACGCACGCACGAGGUCGUUGGCGUCAACAACAACUGCGAGGGUGGGGUCCCGGUGCCCCCGCGGCAUGUGGCCCGCGUGCCGCCACUUAGCCGCUCCACCAGUUCUGGAAGCUCAGGCAGCGGCUGCUCCGAUCGGGGUCUCCUGGGACUCUCACCGCCCAGCCGACCCGAGCGGGGCCGGCCGCCGAUGCGUACCCAGCCGGCGCCCGCCGGGGAGUCGCUGAAGCCGGCGGUCAGAGCGGCGGAGGAGCCCGAGGACGCGCACCGCUUCAUCUGUGAACGCUGUGGCCGGUGUAAAUGCGGCGAGUGCACGGCGCCCCGCACCCUGCCCUCGUGCCUGGCCUGUCGCGGCUUGUGCCUUUGCUCGGCCGACAGCGCCGCAGAGAACGCCACCUGCAUGUGCCUGGUGAGGGCCCUCUUCUACCACUGCUCCGACGAUGACCAGGGCGACUCGUGCGCGGAUAGCCCCUGCUCCCUGUCACGCCCCCACUGCUGCUCGCGCUUCCUCUCCAUGGGGCUGCUCUCCGGACUUCUGCCCUGCUUGCUGUGCUACCCCCCCGCUAAGGGCUGCGUCAGGGCCUGCCAGAGCGUCUACGACUGGGCCAGGAGGCCCGGCUGCCGCUGCAAGCACUCCAACACGGUGUACUGUAAGCUGGAGAACUGGUCACCAAAGGGGCCCGCCAAGCCCUCCUGAUCUGGAGAAGGAAUUAUAUAAUCGCCGCAUUAUUACUAUAAUUAUUAUUAUAGUGUGUCAAAAUAUUAGUGCCUGUCGAUUUACAUCCUACAUCCUGGCCAAGAAACCACUCUUUACUUUUUGGAUCUUCCCCAGCUUUUUGAGGCGGGACCCUCCUCCGAACCGGUGUUCGCCUUACUAGUCCUGCGUGUCGUCUUCACACGGCCGUCGACGCCUCUGACACGUUCAGGUCCCCCCCAGUUCAGUUCUACCUUCGCUUGCCUGAAAGCCCCUUACCAAAUCUGUGAAGGACUAUCUCUAGACAAUAUGUAGCUGUUACCAGAUCACCGUGGCGACCGGGGCUGUUCCCGGAGUCAUUGGUUAGCGACGCAUUUAAGGUUGUGCCUGGCGGUUGCUUAGUGAUAUUUUGUACAGGACAUAUUUUUGUUUGUUUUCCCUCAUAUUUCACAUCCGUUCUGUUCAGACAACCACAACUGUGGCUUUUUUCCUUUUGUAAAUGUUAUAUAUAAAACCUAAAGAUGAAUAAUGGCUAUUUUUUAAAGAAAAAAAUUAGUUAAAACCCCUUUGGUUGUAAAGAAUAUUUAUUAUGUGAAGCUUUAUUAUUUUAUGAUAUUUAUUGCAAAAGACAGUCUUGAAAUUUUACUCAUGUCUGAAUAUAACAAAACCCAAUACUUACUGAAAAAAUAAAUGGUGACACAAACUGUUAACUAUAAUGCAGAAAAAAAUAUAUUAAUUAAUGAACAAA